AUGGCCCUUGGGGACACCGUCAGUGGAGUUAAGGACUCCUUCUCCUCGUGGGAUGCGUGCAUGUCGAAAGCAUAUUGGUAUGUCGGCCCGCUCCCUGUAGCUGCAUCGACUACGAGCUGACAGAUGGUCAAGUAAAUGGCCGGUCAUAAUAGCUAUCAUCGUCGGCAGCCUUGUAGUCCUGUCAUUGAUAUGGUGCUGCGCACGAUGUCUCUGCUGCGGCGCGGAAUGCUGUUGCGGGUGCUUGUCAUGCUGCAACAGCUGCUGUCCGUCUCCACGGAAUAAGGAUAAGGGAUACCAGCAGGCACCUCCGACUCCAUUCUACAACCAAUAUCAUCAGCCGUCACCUCCUGCGUAUGCUGCAGCAGGAUACAGGAGCGCAAGCGUACCCCAGACUGCGACCUUCGAAACGCCUAGUAAACACAGCGGUACAUGCAACGAGGAUGCACUACCAGCCAUGCCGAGCUGGGACCACGCCGCAUCGCGGCACGAAGAAGUAGUUGAAGAUGUUGAGAUGGAAAAGUUGGAUCAGGAUCUUCACAGCCAUCGGGACACCUUACUCCCGCAGCAACAGCAACCUCAGGCCGGGAGAUUUUACGGCAGCGGCACACCGACUGCGAACAGGACGCAAGAUGUGUUGCCGAGCGCCGACAUGGGCGAUGCCAGCGCGAAUCCUUACCGAGACUUCCAGCAACCACAACAGUAUGCUUCUUCUCCCUACGGUGCUGGAGCAGCGGCAAGGAGUUCUUACCUGCCUACCUACCAACAUCCAACAGCGUCACCUUAUGUCGGAGCUUAUGGAGACUCUAAUCCAAGCACACCUGGCUACUUCAAUACAGCACACAAUCAGUCUUACGGAGGCCAGCAGCGAGCUGGGUACGAGCCUUCGAUCCAGCCGUCGAUCGCAUCUUCGUAUCAUACACAUCCACCGAGCGAUGUUGUAAGUCCCACCAGCCCAGGGCAAACCCAGCAACCAGCUUGGCCGGGAAAGACCCAAUAUCAGGCCUACGGAGGCCCAGGAGGCGUUGGUAGAAAACCCGUACAAGGCAGUUGGAGGGAAGUUUGAUGUUACGAAGUAGCGCAGUCGCUGGACUAGUCGGCGUUGGUGUUGCUGGAAGCUGGGACCGUGUCAAUCUUGCUAUCCAGUUCUGGGCUGGGUCUGACUUGCACAGCGUAGGCGUCGAGGGAAAACGGGCUUGAACCAAUUCAUUUGCGAUCUUGUCAGGUUGCUGGACACAGCAGCGAACAUUUGCUUUGAGGUUUUUGAGGGCGAGGCUAGAACGUUUGUAUCUCGCAAACCCCACGCGUUUGGCGACUAUCCAAACGAAGAUGGUAGCCCGAGGAGGAUGUUUGGAGUUGAAUUCGCAAGCAAGCUUCGAUUGCUCUUCUCAGCAUGUCGUCUGGACUUUUUGUCACGACGGACGCAGGCUCCCGACGGCCGCAAAAGGGCCGUGGGCUAGCCGCUAGCGAAGAGCAGAGUGGAGCCAGCAAGGACUUCCAUCGAGACAGACGGGGGUUUGCCGACUUGAGAACACAACAGCAGCAGCAUGAGCGUGAUCGUUGCGAAAUACUACUGUAGAGAAGCAGACGACAUUGAUACUUCAGUCGGGCCGAGCUACAUGUCCAGACUCACGUGGCCAAGGUGGUUAGCCCGAUCCGUGCAAGUGAGUGAGGGGAGAGGGAGAGCUUGGACCUCCGCUGCAGCGAUGCACAUCAAAUGGCUUCUUGGCUUGGCUUCGAGGUUCCAUCUCCGACCACGACGACGACAUGUAACGAAAACUGCUUGCUUUAUGAGCUCUUGUUCUGCCUCGCCCCGUUCUGCUUCGCCUCGUUCUGUCUCGUUCUGCCUGCCCCGCCCUCCCCUGCCUCGCCCUGUCCUGUCCUGUCCUGUUCACGACCCACCGCAAGACUCCACAGCUAUCCCGACGCCCUCCGCACACCGCACGCUGCACGCACGCGCAUACCACUCCACUCUCGCCAUCGUCCGGGUGCCCGUAUCUCGCUCUUCGUCGUUAUCUUCUCUCCCUCAAGUAUACUGCGUGAGCCGUCGCGCUGGCAGCAACAACUGGCAGACACCAUCCGCGCUCCUAUUCAUCGCCUGCGCAGCCUUCCGACGACGCCUUUCGACACCGUCUGAUCCUCGCCCAUACCCACACAGCCUUCUCCAAGCAGCUCGAGGGCGAGCAGCUCCCCUUCAUUCGCGAGCUCAGAGGAAAAGGCUCUUACUACGACAGACGACUCCGUGCAGCAACCCAGCCAGCAACUUCUAUCGUCUUCCUUGCCGUUGUUGUCUUGGUAGUCUUACAGUUCAUCACUCCGGUGCCGUAUCAACAACUCUUCCGCGCCCUCAGUUCCAGGUAUCCGUCCCGACCGCCAGCGUCCUGUCCCUCCCCCAAUCCAUUUGUGCAGGGACUCUACUGCCGUGCACCGCCGCACAUUCCUGGAAGUCUCUACAACCAAAGUCCUCGGAGCAUGGCGUUGCAAGAUGCGGCUGAGCGGGUGGCCGCCGAGUUCGAGUACACCAAGGAGCAGGUCAAUCGCGGGGUCAAGGAGUUCAUCCGGGAGAUGGACGAGGGUCUUGGUAAGGCGGGAGCUACUCUUUCCCAGAUACCCACAUACGUGACCGCAGUGCCCAAUGGAACAGAGAAGGGCAUGUACAUGGCAGUAGACCUCGGUGGCACGAACUUCAGGGUUUGCUCUAUCCAAUUGCACGGCAACAGCACCUUUAGCUUGACGCAAAGCAAGGUUGCAAUCCCGCGACAACUGAUGACUGCCAAGACUAGUCAUGAGCUUUUCGCCUUCUUGGCCAGGCAAAUCGAGGAGUUUCUGAAGACGCACCACGGUCUGCAGAGCCACAAGGAGAGGCGGGAAAGCUUUCUGAGCAGCAGUGAGCAAGACGUCUUUAGCCUCGGCUUCACUUUCAGUUUUCCGGUCCAGCAAUACGGCAUCAACAAAGGGACGCUCAUUCGAUGGACCAAGGGCUUCGAUAUUGACGACACGAUUGGCAAGGAUGUAUGCGCUCUGCUGCAAAAGGAGAUCGAUGCGCUGGGCCUUCCGGUAAGGGUCGCAGCGCUGGUGAACGACACCGUUGGCACUCUCAUGGCGAGAUCGUACACGAGCCCUGGCAAGACAGGCACAUUGUUGGGGGCCAUCUUCGGUACAGGCACGAAUGGCGCUUAUGUGGAAAAGUUGGACAAGGUUACCAAACUCGCCAAAAUGGGCAAGGCAUCGGGCGAGGUCGACAGCAGCACUGGGGAGAUGAUUGUCAAUACUGAGUGGGGCUCGUUUGAUAAUCACCUCUCUGUCUUGCCGACCACGCCAUACGAUCGAGACCUCGAUAAGCAGAGUAAUAAUCCGGGAAUUCAGAUGUUUGAGAAGCGAGUGUCCGGAAUGUUCUUAGGCGAGAUCCUACGCCGAGCGUUGCUGAAGUUGUUGAAUGACAACAGUGUACCGCUCUUCAGCGACGCCGACAGCAACCAGAACGAACUGCACAGCACCACUAACGUCGCACUCGACUCGCCUCUCUACAAGCAAUGGGGCUUGGAUACUUCGUUCCUUUCGAUCGCUUCAGGCGACAACUCAGCGGGCUUGAAGGUUACUCGUCAAGAGUUGGAUAAGGAGUACGGCGUCACGGCAGCGUCUGCUGAAGAUGCCGAGGCCGUGCGUUUGAUUGCGUCCGCAAUCGGCAAACGUGCUGCGCGCCUCUCAGCCGUAGCGAUUGCAGGAAUUGUGAUUUCCACUGGCAAACUCCAAAAGCCUACAGAUAUCGCAACUACUAGCUCGACAACUCUCGACACCAACGAGGACGACAUUGUGGAUAUUGGCGUCGAUGGCAGCUUGGUCGAAUUCUAUCCUCGAUUCGAAGAAUAUAUUCGUGAGGCUCUGAGGGAGAUACCUGAGAUUGGACCUGAAGGCGAGAAGAAGAUCAGGAUUGGCAUCGCCAAGGACGGUUCUGGUGUUGGCGCUGCGUUGAUUGCUCUUGUUGCGGACCAGGCUAUGAAAGGUAAGUUCAGAAUACAGGCUGGAUUGGACGGUUGCUAACGUGGCAAUGGUCAGGCGGCUACAGCAGCUCGGUCUCAUCAUCUGGAGGCAUCCUUGGCUACUUCGAGCAAGCUCUGGAGAGUCUCAACAGGAACGUGCGCAUGCGGGUGUAG